GACGUCUUUCUAUUCUAGCAAUUGGGUAAAAUGCAAAAACAGCCGAUCUACUAUUAUUUUUUUCUAUCGAGUUAUUAACACCUAUCUCUACGCAUACAAUGUACUAAUCUCAUGUGAAGAUAAUUGCGAAUUGUAACUCGACACCAAACAUAUAUAUAUAUAACAGUUAUCAAAAUAUAGAGAUUACGACGAUUUUGAAAAAAAAUGUCUUCAUCAAUCGGUUUGAUUGCUAUCAUUGUUCUCUCUAGUUGGACCUCCGUUCAAACUUGUCAAUUCAACCAGUAUGAUCGGUGUUCAGCAAACAAUCACUGUGCUUGACUUUCAUUUGGAAUAGGUGCUGAAGGAGGUAUUUGUGCAUACGUUGGAGACAUUUGCUAUAUGAAAUUGUCACCAUGCGAAAAUGAUAAUUUCACUUGUACUCAACCAAAUUCGAUAUGUGUCAAACAUACUCGGUGUAAUGAAAGGCCAGUUUGAUACUCAAUGAAAUUAGCUGAUCCAGUCAUUUGUCCUCCUAUGACUACGAAUACACGUAAGCAAGAAGACAUAUUGUUCUGUGAAUAGUUAGAAUGAAAUCUAUACUUCUUUUAAAGCGGCUACUUUUUCACCGAGGCCUAAUGAUGGUCUUUGUACAAAGGCAACUUGGUAUCCGGAAGCGAAGACAGUCGCGGGUGGUAAUGGUUAUGGUUCAGCUCUUAAUCAACUCUCUCAUCCUCAUAGUAUAUUUCUUGAUCCUAAUGAUAGUGAUGCUCUUUAUAUUGUUGAUUCUGGAAAUAACCGCAUCCUAAAAUGGGAUCAGGUUUCAUCGACUGGUAGUGUUAUCUUAGGCAGGAUGGGAAGAGGAAAUAAUAGCAGUCAACUUAAUUACCCUGCGUUUAUGACAAUGGACAAGCUCGGAACUAUAUCUCUACUACGCUAUCAGAAUGUUAUUUUAGCACAACAGGUCCACGUUGACCAUAAUGGCACAGUAUUUAUUGCUGACACAGGCAACCAUCGUGUGAUGAAAUACUCGGUGAACGCUACAAUAGGAGAAAUUGUGGCAGGAGGCAAUGGUCAAGACAUCAAAUUAAAUACUAUAGGUCUUCCACAUUCUGUUUUCGUUGAUCAACUUGGUUCAGUCUACGUAGUCGAUAAAUAUAAUGAUCGCAUCGUUCGUUGGUUGAAAGAUGCUCAGAGUGGCACUGUCAUUGCCGGAGGGCCUGGUCCAGGUAUUUCGUCCAGACUGCUUAAGCAGCCUACAGAUCUAGCUUUUGAUCGUGAAGGCAACUUAUAUGUAUGCGAUUCUCAAAAUAGUCGCAUACAAAUGUUUGCCAUAGAUCCAAGUUCUUGUGGUGAGUCGUACUCUAACACUUGA